AUGACAAAGGAUAGAUUAGCAGCCCUUGUUGCGGCCCAAAGUGAUGAUGAUGAUGUUGGUCCUGAUGAUGUUGCCGUUAAUGUGGAAGGCAGAGAUGGCUUUAUGGAGGCCUUCUUCCAAGAGAUGACUAUGAAUGGUACACCUAUGACCAAUAAGAAGUCAAGGAGAAUGAGGCAUCCUCAUGGUUUAGUCACAAGUCACAGGUGA